UGUCAGCUUGAAACCACGUGAGCUCCAGCAGAAGGAUCAGUACAUUGCAUAUAUUUUUCGUAGUACGAUUUGUUUAACUAGCCAAAGUUUAUAUUCUUAUAUUCUUAUACCAGGCGGGUGUUCAUUGAGUGAGUUAGUCAUGAAUCUUUGUGGAAGAUGUGUGAUGUAUCUGCAGUCUAGGAUGUUGUGUAUAAAACCACAACAUGUAAUUCACGUCGUUAAACUCCCUAAAAACACGACUUGCAUCCAGACAGCGCUGUUGCUUCAUCCUCAUAGCCGCUUACAGAGAUGGAAGGACAAAUGGACUGAUUCAUAUGGGAUUCGGUUCUUCAGUGAUCAGCGAACCGACACACCCCCAUGUCACACAGACAGUAGGAUUACAGAGCAACACAAUCCUCAGCACGGUUUAGUGCCUGUAAUAAACUCUGAGUUACAUCAGUGCUCCAGUGCACCAGGACCAGUUCCUGCAGAACACACCUCCAUCGAUCUGGAUGCACUGUCCUGUCCAUCUGCAUUUGAAGAAAUUAGUGAUGAGGAUGCCAUACAGAUCAUUGUGCCCCCCAACCUUCCAGACACCACAUUCACUCUCAGGGAUUACGUAGACAAAUCAGAGACCCUAACAAAUCUGGUUCACUUGGGGGUUAAUCUGUCAAAAUUAGAGGAACGGCCUAAUGUUGGCUCUAUGCUGGUGAGGCUGAACUUCCAAGAUGAUGUGGUACCACGUCUCCUUUUCUUGAAAGAUCUGGGAGUUCAGGAUGUUCACUUGGGUCCGAUGCUCACUAAAAACCCCUUUCUACUCACUGAGAACAUGGAAAAUCUGCAAAACAGGGUUUCAUAUUUGAAGUCAAAAAAAUUCAGUUCGGAGUCUGUUGCUGAGAUGGUGAGCAAAGCUCCAUAUUUACUGAACUUCAGUGUGAAGAGGUUGGACAACCGUCUGGGAUUUUUCCAGAAGCAACUGGGCCUCAGUGCUCAUAAGACUCGAGAUGUUGUAACUCGUCUGCCUAGGUUGCUAUGUGGAAGUUUAGAGCCUGUAAAGGAAAAUCUAAAGGUUUGUGAACUGGAGUUUGGGUUUCGCAGAAAUGAAAUCCAGCACAUUGUCACUGUGGUUCCAAAAGUGUUAACAGCUAAUAAACGGAAACUGACACAAAUAUUUGACUUUGUCCACAACAUUAUGGGUGUUCCUCACUCUCUCAUUACAAAGUUUCCACAGGUUUUGAAUGCAAAAUUCCUUCGUGUAAGAGAACGACACUUCUUUCUUGAGUACUUGGGCCGUGCCCAUUAUGAACCCACUCAUCCUAACUACAUCUCUCUGGAGCGCCUGGUGGCUCUUCCUGAUGAAGCCUUCUGUUCUGAAGUGGCUUUAGCCUCUUUGGAUGAUUUUGAACGAUUCCAGAAAACUCUGUAGUAGCAAAAGUAACGUUGUAUUUACAAGGCCCUAUGUUUUCAGGGUUUUUGUUGCAUGAGAGUUGAAACAUGUCCAAUUGUGUUGUUAAUGUGCCACUGAAACACAUAUUUCAGUGAUUAUGUUCAUAGAAAUUUGCACAUAAAUCGCCUAAAGGCAUUUGAAGUAAGGUAAUAAAUAGAAUUUUUGGA